UUUUUCGAGGCUUCUUCUUGUUUGCUAGGCAAGAGAAGUUAAGUCUUCUUGGGGUAACCGGGACCCGACCGGCUGGGGGCGAGUAGAACCACCUUUUUUCCAACAAUCUUCUGUGCGUGUUGCGGGUGCGCCACUUCCGCCACGCAUUGCCAGAAGUUUCGAGUUCGAUAGACAGUGCGCAUCGUUUCUCGGCCCACCCACCGUUUUUCCUUUUCCGUACUCCGGAAGAAAAUUAGAUGAGUUGUUGUUGUUGUUGACUUCACAUUAAACCGUGACGUAAGUAGAAUUAUCGAAAAAAAAUUGGAACUUUUCAUAGCGGGCCGGUACAGCAACCAAGCAAAUAUCAUGAACAACAACAUAAAGAUCGUGAUCGACGCACGCAGCGGAGACGUCGCAGUCAAAUCUAUGAUCAAGAACAUCAUACCGAACCUAAGCGACAGCGGCAAGAACCGAGCUCUGCAGAGAUGGAUUGAUGCGAGGAAACUCGCCGCUCGGAAAAGACGGAAGAAAGCACACCCGCAACGCGAGGUGGACCGAGAGAGACACGAGACCGCAGCGGCCGUCAAGGCAGCUGCGAAGAAGAAGGCACGAGAGGGCGACCUAUCGUUCGGCACGUUCAACGUACGCACGCUCGCCUACAGCGGUAGGAACCCCAUCGGUCACAACGUGAUGACGGUCAUGCAGAUUUGUUCCGCGACCGGCUGUGAUGUGAUAGGACUUCAGGAGACCCGACGAGCGGGGCAAGGCUCAAUUGCACACGACGGGUACGUGAUCAUUUGGAGUGGCGCCCGUGCUGGCACCAAGGACAAGAGGGGCGUACACGGUGUGGGCAUAGCGAUCAAGGAGGCCAUGUGGGAGAGUGUGGGCGAGGAAGGUAGGACGGUGGAGUGCAUUAGCCCGAGGCUGAUGAAGGCUUUGAAUAGACGGGUGGAAUACAAACCAGAGUUAUUCAAGGUGAAGGAAAGUUCCGUCAGAGAUGCUCUUGCUUCUAUCGUCGGUGGAGAAACAGAGAAAGAAACACCCGUAGGUUUCAUCGACGUGCUCAGUGAUACCGAGGUGAUCGAGGUGAAGUACUAUAAGCAGUGGAGGGGUGCACUCGGGCAGGUGCUCGCAUACCAAGCAUACUACCCUGGGCUGGCUAAGCGUGUGCAUCUUUUUGCACAAACUGGCAAGAAGGAUACCGAGAAGUAUGUAGAGUCGACGAAGUCGGUUUGUGAUACGCAUGCGGUAAAGGUUACGUUCGAAGAGUGUGUCGUUGAAGUACAAUCGCUUGAUCUGGACAAGGAUGAUAUCAACACCGUUUUUGGUGAUGAAAUUAAGACACAGCACCGUGACAAAAGGGCUCGUGUUAAAAACGACUCGGAUCAGUUGGCGGGGUGGGGUGUGCGCAAGCGACUUGCCGUGGAAGUGGAUGAGCCAUCAUGGUUCGAACACGCAUCGGUCGAUCUGAAGAGGGCCUACGCUUCGAUGGAAGUGAGGAAGAUGAUAGCGUUCGGAGAGAUUGAUAUCUUGAAAUCUUGUAAAGAGGAGUUGGAGUCGAUAGGGUGUUUCGGCGAACUCGACCGACAUGAGUUCGCGGACGGGAUCAGGCGCAUCCAGCGGCGGCACGCGAGUUCCGUCGCCCUUUUAUUGUAG